GACACUCUGCUCCUGCUCGCCUCGGUUAGAAGGCGGAGUUGAGUCCAUUAAAGUCCACAGAGAAACAGCGGUGGAGUCAGUAGUAGCUCUGACUUUCACUGGAAUAAAGCGUGUAAAGUGGGUUUUGUUUUCACUGACAUUGCAGACGAGCCUUGGUUUCAGUUGUUUGGUCGACAGUGGACACUGGACUGAUAAAGUUAUAGUUUCACCUGCGGGAUAAGUCGGACUAACGUCACAUCCUGAUCGGUGCGGUAUAAAUCAGAAUGAAGCACCUCUCCGUAUUUUGCCUGUAUGCACUUGUGAUCCUGCAUGGCCUUGAGGGUGUGCUUCCCCAGACUCCCUCGUAUGGUGAACGGGGCUCAGAUCUGGGCAUACAGGUGUUUCAGCAAGUAGUCCGCUCCAGGCCCCUGGGAAAUGUGGUGUGUUCACCCCAUGGAGUGGCUUCCAUCCUAGGCAUGCUGCUCUCCGGGGCCCAUGGAGAAACCCGGAAGCAGAUCAUCAGUGGUCUCCGUUACAAGAAAAAUGGUCCUUACAAGAUGUUAAAGAAGCUGCACAAGUCCUUGACAUCUAAGUCCAACCAGGAAGCUGUGCUGAUUGCCAAUGCCAUUUUCAGCCAGGUGGGCUUCCCCAUGGAGCAGUCCUUUGUGGACACCAACAAAGCCAACUUCCAAAGUGAGACCAGGAGCUUGGACUUCGGCAACCCUGACAGGGCAGCCAAUGAAAUCAAUGAAUGGGUCAACAAUAAGACCAAAGGUCACAUCUCCAACUUGAUCCAACCAGACAUGCUGGACUCGGCUUUCACCCGUCUGGUCACUGUCAACGCAAUCUACUUCAAAGGCUUAUGGAAGUCUCGCUUCCAGCCGAUGAACACCAAGAUGAGGCCCUUCACGAGGGGCAGUGGGGAUGUAGUUUCUGUCCCAAUGAUGUCCCAGGUAUCUGUCUUCAACAUAGGCUUGGCCUCCACACCCCAGGGACUGAAAUAUAGGGUGAUUGAGCUUCCCUAUCGUGGCAACACUGUCAGCAUGCUGAUUGUUCUGCCUUCUGACGAGGACACACCUCUGUCCCGUGUUGUCCCACACAUCAGCACAGCCACAGUGCAGAGCUGGAGCAAAGUGAUGCGCAUGACUAAAGUCCACCUGGCCCUCCCCAAGUUCACUGCUGAAGCGGAGGUAGAUUUGGAAGCCCCCCUCACAGCGCUGGGAAUGACGGACAUGUUCAGUGAGGACAAAGCUGACUUCAGUUACCUCAGUUCUGAGCCUUUGCAUGUAUCCAAGGCUCUCCAGAAAGCCAAAAUCGUGGUGAAUGAAGACGGAACAAAAGCAGCAGCUGCCACCACUGCCAUUUUGCUGACUCGGUCCUCUCCACCUUGGGUUACAGUGGACAGACCUUUCCUCUUCCUCAUCAGACAUAACCCAACAGGUACCGUUCUCUUUAUGGGCCAGAUCAACGAGCCUUGAGCCCAGCCGUCGCUGGCCGGACCCUGGCAGCAUCAUAGGCCGGCACAGGAAACGCUUAUACACUGCCACGAGUGAACACACACAUACACAUGGAUACACACGCACAUACACGCACACUUUGCUGUUGACUUAUGUACAAUGUGGACAUAUGAUGUUAUUUGUUAUGAAUAUUGCUUUUUAUGUUGCCCAUUGUUAGUAAUGCAUAACAUGCUGUAUAAAAUGUUUUGCAGACUAAAAUUUCCCAGCUGUUUUAAUUUUUUGUAUACUUUUUUGACUUUAUUACAUUUUUAAAAGACUUUGAAUGUCAUUUUUUUUUUUAAUUUUCUCAACUCUGGAAAAUGAUAAUUUUAUUUUUUGAUUUAUCAUGUCACUUUCAGUUCAGAAGUUCUCCAGCUUUCACUCCUAAGUUACGCCAGUGUACAUCCCACCUUGAAUGCCUUGCAUUCAGCUACUUUAAAAUAAUUGUUUCCUUCACUGAGGAUGUCUUCUGUUAUCAUACUUGCUCCAUAUUUGAUGAAAUAAAUACACAUAUUUAUAACAUCAA